UUUUAGACACCCCAUUCUCUCUUCUUCUUCUCCGAUCAGCUUUUCGGUCAAACCCGGAACACAAAUCAUGUCCUCCACCGCCGUCCAAGACAACCCUGAAUCCGAAUCAGAACGCGGACCCAUUUCAGAUCAGGCCGAGCCCAAGCCCUGCAGCUCCUUCCAUUUCCGGUCAGGGACUCCCAGGAGCCGCCAGUCCUCGCCGGGCCACUCGCCCCGACCCGGCACCGGCGGCGAAACGACGUCGUUUUGGGGCGGGCAGAGGAGAUCAGGGAAGAGGAAAGUGGAGAGGGUUUGGUAUAGCAGAAAGAGAGUGAAAGGGUUUGUGGGUGUGAUUGGAUUGGUGGUUCUCUACUUUGUUAUGAACUGGGUCAUGCUUUUACGGCUACAAGAUCACCGCAUUCGCAGCAAGUCUUGGGUUUCCGGCAACUCUUCGUCGUCUCCGGUGGCCAUUCAGGAGAAGUGGAAGAGAUAUGGUAAAGGGAAAAAGCCACAGAAAGGUAAUUACGAAAGGAUGUUGCGUUUAGCUGCUCAUGCCUUGGCAGAGGGACAUAGUAAGCCCGAGCCAAAAGAUUUGUGGCAGGAGCCAUUUAUUCCUGCUUCUUCUUGGAAACCUUGUGCAGAUCAACGCAGCUGGGAACCCAAUGAGGGAAAGAAUGGAUAUAUAAUGGUCACUGCAAAUGGUGGGAUGAACCAGCAGCGGGUUGCAGUUUGCAAUGUUGUUGUUGUUGCAAGAUUACUCAAUGCAACCCUGGUUGUUCCCAAAUUUUUGUAUAGUAGUAUAUGGAGAGAUGUAAGUCAAUUCAGGGAUAUCUAUCAGGAGGAUCAUUUUAUUAACUACUUGAGUCCUGAUAUUCGGAUAGUGAAGGAACUCCCUAAGGAACUACAGUCAUUAGAUUUGGAAGCUAUUGGUAGUCUUGUGACAGAUGCAGACAUCCCUAAAGAGGCAAAGCCAAGCUUUUACUUGAAAAAUAUUACUCCUAUUCUACUUAAAAAUGGAGUUGUACAUUUUCUUGGAUUUGGGAAUCGAUUGGCAUUUGAUCCAAUACCGUUUCAGUUGCAGAGACUUCGAUGCAGAUGUAAUUUUCAUUCCCUGCAAUUUGUUCCCAAGAUACAACAAACGGGGGCAUUACUUCUUCAAAGGUUGCGUCACAGUGAAAGUCAUGCUGGACCACUGGAUCAUUAUCUAGUUGGUCCAUAUGCAGCACCAAUCAAGAAAGAAAAUGAAAGUCCGGCCAAGAAAGCUUCCAAGUAUCUGGCUCUACAUCUGAGGUUUGAAAUUGACAUGGUAGCUCAUUCUUUGUGUGAAUAUGGUGGAGGAGAAGCGGAGCAAAAGGAGUUGGAAGCUUUUCGAGAAAUCCAUUUCCCUGCAUUGGUACAUCUCCAGAAGACUACAAAGCUACCUACUCCUGCAGUACUCAGGUCAGAAGGAUUGUGUCCUUUGUCGCCUGAAGAAGCAGUGCUUAUGCUUGCUGCUCUUGGUUUCAAGCGCAAGACACAUAUAUUUGUGGCAGGAUCACAGAUAUAUGGAGGGAGAGCAAGGAUGAUUGCUUUGACAAGCUUGUACCCCAAAUUGGUGACUAAAGAAAAUUUGCUUACACCCUCUGAACUUGAACCUUUCAAGAAUUUUAAAUCGCAGUUAGCAGCACUGGACUUCAUAGGCUGCACCGCCGCCAAUGCAUUUGCAAUGACUGAUUCUGGAAGUCAGUUAUCAUCCUUGGUAUCCGGCUUUCGCAUAUACUAUGGUGGAGGACUAACUCCAACAAUUCGACCAAACAAACGAAGGCUUGCCAGCAUUUUCUCAAAGAACUCCAGUAUUGAAUGGCGUGUGUUUGAGCAGAGAGUGAGAAAGGCAGUUAGACAGACCAAACAUGUCCAGCCAAGGCCCAGAGCAAGGAGUGUUUAUCGAUAUCCGCGGUGUGACGAGUGUAUGUGCAAUAUGACAUUAGUGACAUAGUUCUUUGCAGCCACAAGGCUAUUGUUGCCGAUUCAAUUGUAAUGUGUAAAACCGGAACAUUGUUCCUGUCAUCAAUAUAAAUCAUUGAAUUUAACUCAU